AUCAUAACUCCCUUUUAUCACAAGAAUUAUUUCAUCAUCAUACUUCCAGGAAGUAAAUUCUGCAAAGUCAAAUAAAUCCAUUAAAAAUCACCAUGGGUGAUCAAGUUGUUUCAAAAGUAACUGUAAAAUUUGUUUGCAAACACAGAUUGGUUUGAUAUUUUUUUACCUAAAGCAAAGAAAGUUUAAAUGUUACUUAAGUGUCCAAAUACAUUUGGGGUCUGCUGUACAAAACCCUUCACUCUAAGCCGGUAUAUCACUGCAAGCCUUGCGCAUUCAGUUAUUCCUCCAGCGCUGCAGGAUUCAUGUCUUCAUAGUUAAACAAGGAAUGUAGAUAGCGAAAAGAGAAAAAAAAAAACACAUUUUAACUAAAUCCCUAAAUUUAUGUAUCUCAAGACAGCCAUUAUUCUUGGAAUUUCCAUUCAAAUAACUUCUGUCAUCUAUUUAGUUCUUUUUAAUUAUGAACCUUUCUUCCAUCUUUCAUGUAGUUAAGUUAACCAUUGCUUUUCGGGGUCCAUUAUAUUGCAUAAAAUAUGUGUAAAAAUGCCAAUUCCCUGUGCUUAAUUGGCUCAAGCGCCAAGAUAACUACACUUGUCAGACAUCCCACAGCUUUAAGCAAUUUACCCCCAUUUUCCAUACUCUCAGCCUCUCAAGACUUGGAGAAAUACGAGUGGACUUCCGAAAUAUUACGUAAAGUUGCCUCCAAUCAUAGCCUUAAGACCAUGUGAGAGACUGGGAGUGGAAUGGUUAUCCCACCUCCCUCCCAUCCUGGACGCACCCCGCCAUCCCCUCCACCCCAACAGCUCUGACCCGCAUAGAUGGCUAUAAAAGAGACAGUGACUCUGGCGCAUCUCAGCAUCACCUGCGCUUUCAUCCUGAAGAAGGAGAACCAGGCAAAGACAAAACAACGAUGCAUUCACUACUGAAGGUCUCCGUUCUGCUGUUUUGCAUUCAGGCUGGAGAAGGACACUGGCUUAGAACACUACUGGACACGGACCUCCGUAAUGAAGAACGUAGAGGUAGUGAUGUUGAGGCAAAGGAGGGUUCAGGGAGGCAGUUGGAAAGAACGAUUCGGUUACACCGCAGCGCUGAGUCCCCAUGUGCUCUGCACUCCAUCCUGCUGCAGGUACGAGACCUCGGGUUGGGCUACGACUCCGACGAGACAGUGCUGUUUAAGUACUGCAGUGGGACCUGUCCUCGCCUUGCCUCCAACCACGACCUCACGCUCGCCAACCUCCUGCAAAGCGGCGUCCUUCAAUACACCGGCCAUUGGCACCAUCAGCCCUGCUGUCGCCCCACACAUCAUGAAGACAUAGCCUUUCUCGACAACCACCAUCACUGGCACAAAGUGGAGAAACUCUCUGCCGCUGCGUGCAUCUGUAUGGUGUAGAGAUGAUGGUGGCCAGCUGAAAUCUGGCUACAUUAUAUCUGUUGGUUUAGAGACUGUAAAAAGUGCCUUGAAGAAAAUUAAGGGCUGUUUAAGGUAUGUUAAUUCAGGAAGUAAUAAUAUGUAUGUAUUGAACUAUAUGAAGAUGUGAAUGUCACUUUCUCUGAAGACAUUAGCUUAUAUUGUGUUUGAUAAUGUUAAAAUGUUCAGAUCUGGUUAAUGACAACACAGUGACGUGUUUGAGUGGCCGAGUCCAGACUUGAUCCGGCGAAUUGUCCAUCCGAUCCAAAAAUUGAACAUAUUUAUGCGAUAAUAAAUUAUUUAUUUAUUUGAAAACCAUUUUUACUACCCAAUAAAUUAUUGUUAAUCUUUAUUUUUUUU